AUGUUAGAGAAUUGCCAAAUAAAUAAUUAUAAACUUAUAAAACAACUAGGCUCAGAACAGUACAGUUUUGCAUUCCACGUGAAAGAUAUCAUCUCAAAAAAAGAUUUUACAAUUAAAAUAAUUAUAAAAUCCUCUUUUCAAUCACAUCAUUAUCCAGAUACUCACAAUAAUAAAGGACAAGACUGUUACACUAGAACCCAAAUAAAUAGAACAAAAGAUGAAAUUUUGUAUUAUUUUAGGUUGAAUCAAUAUAAAGUUUCUUUACCGUUAAUUAACCUCAACUCAAUCAAAAACCUAUCAGAUGAAGAACUAUCAACUUUUAAAAACUAUAAGGAAAUCUCUCUUCAUUUGAAAGUUCAUUCACAUAAAAAUAUAGCUACAAUACAUGAACUAAUGGAAAUUCCAUUAGCUAUCUUUGUCCUCAUGGACUAUUACCAAACUGAUCUGUUUAAUUCUAUAGUAAUAUCAAAAAGAUUUAUUAAUAAUGGUUGGCUAAUAAAAAAAAGUUUUUUUACAAAUUUGCUCUGCUUUACAAUAUUGUCAUUCAAAGAAGAUAUAUCAUUGUGA